AUGCAUUCGCUUCCGCCUGAUAUCGCGGCUCAGAACAAAGGCCCUGCUAUGAUGGCAGUUAUGUACUCAUUCACUGCCCUUUCAUCCCUCACUGUCGGGUUCGUAUUCGCCUACGUAGGCUGCUGGACUGCCGCUAUCUUAGCCGGCAGCGGCCGCCACGAGGCGACGCUGACAGUCGCCGAACUCGAUCGUUCUAUAUUCUUCUUCAUGGUCGGCCUGGUCCCAGGCGUGCUGUCGCUCGCGCUACCCAAGUUCGCCGUCGUCAAUCUACUGAUCAAGAUCCUCUUCCCAUCACCUCUGCAUAGGCGGUUGCUUUGGAGCCUCCCAAUCGCAAACAUUGUCCUCAUGCUCGGCGCCUUCGGCGUCCACUACUCAGAAUGCGACCCGCCAUCGGCUCGAUGGACUUUAUAUGCCCCUGCCAAGUGCCGUAGCUCGACUGGUACAAUCGUCUAUUCGGUUGUUGUGGGAUUGUUAUGGUCCCUACAUAUGCAUCUGAAAAAGAAACUGGCCCUCAGCGUAGCCCUUGGCUUUGGUGCUUGGUUUGUAUCCUGCCGCGAGCUACUCCCCGUCAAGUCACGACACGGACUGAUAUCUGCGCUAAGUGCUGGCUGUGCUGCCGUACGCAAGGUCAUGGAAGUUCCAAGUAUGGGAGAUGAAAUUCUUAUCCGCGCCCGUUCCAUCAUCCUUAAAUCGUAUAAGUGA